AUGCCCCUCGAUCACUUCACCAUUUGCGUCCCAGAAGGCAAGCUGGAAGAAAUGGUCUCCUGGCUUCUCGCAGCCAACUCAUGCUUCGGCUUCAAAGAGAUGCUACGACCAGUCCCACAUGUCGUCGGCAUGGGAGAAGAUCGACCUUACUUCUGGAUUGUCAGCGAUCCUACGACCAAAUCCUCAGAGUCGCAGAUCAAAGAGUGGAGGAAGCAGCACAUCGCCUUUACGGUGGAGACACGCGAACAUCUCGAUCAAUGGUACGAGGCUGCCAUCAAGGCUGGUGGAGAAGACAAUGGCAAGCCAGGUCCGAGAUUUGAGUAUCAUCCGGGGUACUAUGGAGCUUUCGUGCGGGAUCCGGUCUGUGGUAUCAACUUUGAGGCGGUUUGGCGGGAUACUAAUGCAAGUCGUGCUGGGGACGAGUGA